AUGGCGAACCCGGAGGAGGCUGUGGAUUUCGAGCCAGAGGAAGACGAUCUGAUGGACGAAGACGUUGACGCUUCAUCACCUAGGGCACCGAUGCCAAAGCUGAAAUCAGCCAUUACAGGUGGCGGCGGCGGUUCUUCUGCUUCUAAGAAAAUCAAAGGACGGGGUUUCCGUGAAGAGACUGCUGAGGCUGAAAGGAAUGCUCGCCUUUCUGCUCGAUUUGAUUCACUUGACUCCGAAGGUGGCCCUGGACCUGAACGAUCCAUUGAAGGAUGGAUUAUUUUAGUCACUGGAGUCAAUGAGGAGGCACACGAAGAUGAUCUUCAUAAUACAUUUGGUGAGUUCGGGGAGAUCAAGAAUUUGCAUUUGAAUCUGGAUCGUCGUUCUGGAUUUGUCAAGGGUUAUGCACUUAUUGAAUAUGAAAACUUUGAAGAAGCAGAGAGAGCUAUUAGUGAAAUGGAUGGGAAUGAGCUGCUAACUCAGACUAUACAUGUUGAUUGGGCAUUCAGCAAAGGUCCUUUUAGAAGGAGAAAUGUUAGGAGGAGGUCACCUCGUAGUCAUCGUUCUAGAAGUCCCAGGAGGAGAUUCUAG